GAUAGUGUAGAUCGUGCAGGGUAUUGCAGGUUAUGAGCUACGAUUGCAUCAGAGGAUUCGGUAGCACGAGGGUGUAAUGAUUCUGCUCUGCUCUGCUCGCGCUGUCGCACGCGUGUAAUUUACAUCUGCCUGCGAUUACCGGCGAGUCUUCCUGACGGCGACGAGGAAAGAAGACCGAACGAAUGAGGCCCAACGCGCGCUCGUUCGUCUAUCACGUCAUAAAACGUAAUUACCGUACGUUUCUGUUGUCCCACGUCGGCCGCCUCUGGCAGAAUUUGCCGGUCCCCCACAAGCAAUUCUCGUCGAUUCGCCACGGCUCGACCAUGCCGCGCUCCGUCGAGCACAUGCUCGGCAUGCAGAGGUUAAGGCAGAAGAUAAAGGAAAAGUCGUCCAAGUAUACUGGCAACGCGAAGGUGUCGUUGCAGAUUCUGGGCAGCGGGGCCUACGGCACGUCGAGAUGCGUCUACCUGACGGCCGGUCACACCAGGUACAUCUUCAACUGCGGCGAGGGGACGCAGAGGUUGGCGUUUGAGCACAAGUACAAACUGAGCAAGUUGGAGCACGUGUUCAUAACGUCGGCGACCUGGAGCAACAUGGGUGGCAUGCCGGGUAUGCUCCUCACGAUACAGGACGCCGGGGUGCCCAAGAUCAACGUGCAUGGCCCCAAGGGGACGGUGGACAUAUUCCACAAGAUCAAGCAGAUCGCGUUGCUGCAGGCUUUGAAGAUUUACGACGCCAAGUGCGACGAGUCGGAGCCAUACCUGGAUCCAGUCAUGUCCGUUUCGUAUGUUUCCAUUACGAAGCCAGGCGAGCAGGAGGCGGAGCCUCCCAUUGACAUGUCCAGAAUGAUGGGAGAGAGAGUUGUCGAUAACAUCAAUUACUACGACUAUAAGACCAAUGCCAACGGCAAGCGAGUACCUGAUAGUAUAGCGAAGACGGAGUCGAAGGUGCAGAAGGUCGAGCAGAAGCCUGACAAGAGAAUAUCGAGCGUAAUGUCUUAUAUUUGCAAAUUGCACCCGCGAGCGGGCACGUUAUGUUUGAACAAAUGUUUAGAGAAAGGAGUGAAACCCGGCCCAUUGCUCGGCGAGCUCAAAGCUGGCAACGAUAUUACUCUUCCUGACGGCACAGUGGUUUUGAGCAAGGACGUUUGCUCGCCGGCGACGCCAGGCCCUAUUUUUAUAAUUGUAGAAUGCCCAUCGGAAGAUUACUUAGAGCCCUUUGUGAAUCAUCCUGCCUUCACGCAGCAUCAAACGGGAACGGCAAGCGAGGACGACGUACCCUGCUGCAUCAUUCACUUCACACCGCAAGAAGUGAUAGACGAUUCUCGCUACGUAAACUGGAUGGGCAGAUUCGGUCUCGGUACGCGUCACAUAGUCGUGAACGAGGAGAACGAGUGCAUGGGCACCGAAGCGGUGCACAGGCAUCAGCACAAACUCCAUAUGUUACACCCGGAGAUAUUCCCCUUCUUAAACGAGGAUAGCUUUCAAAAGAAGACGAGGGCGAAAGAUCUGCCCAUUAUACAUCGCCCCAGAACGCAUCACACCGUCCACCUGCAGCCGCACUUGAGAUUCGACACGAAGCUCGAGGUAUCGCUGCACCCGAAGGAAUACGUAGACGAGGUUCUCAACACCGAUGGCAUUUUAGAUGCGUUGGCGGAACUGCAAACGGACAUCAACGCCCGAACGAAGACGCUGCCGGUCGACGAGUACCCGAAGAUCGUCAUGCUGGGCACUGGCUCUAGCAUACCGAGUAAAGUCAGAAACACGAGCGGCAUACUCCUGCGAGUGGACAAGGACCACACCAUGUUGCUGGAUUGCGGGGAGGGCACGUUCGGGCAGAUGGUGAAGAUCUACGGGAGAUCUGGGACGAGCGACAUCCUGAAAACGAUCAAAGCGGUGUACGUGUCGCACAUGCACGCGGAUCAUCACAUUGGAUUGAUUGGCCUGCUGAGAGAGAGGAAAAAGGUCACGGAUGACCCGCUGUAUCUGUUCGCGCCCGGGGCCAUUUCCACGUGGUUGCAGAUGUAUCAUAAACGUUUCGAGUCUAUCCUGCAUCGAAUAACGCUAAUCUCGAACAGCGAGUUCUUCAUGGACAUACAUAUUUCGGAUCACUUCAAGUACAGGAACAUGUACGAAAUGCUGAACGUGCAGGCCGUGAAAACGGUGUACGUCAAGCAUUGUCCUUAUUCUUAUGGCGUUUCCGUGACCCUUCACAACGGACAGAAAAUAGUAUAUAGCGGUGACACUAUGCCCUGUGAGAAUCUCGUGAAACUUGGUCAAAAUUGCGAUCUGCUCAUUCACGAAGCGACAAUGGAGGACGAUCUACUGGAGGAAGCGAAAUUAAAGGUCCACUCGACGGUCUCGCAGGCCAUAGAAGCGGGCGAACAGAUGAAGUCCAAGUUCACGCUGUUGACGCACUUCAGUCAACGCUACGCGGUCAUACCUCACCUGUCGGAUAACCAAGAUGGUUCUAAACUAAAUAAUGUCGGCAUUGCGUACGACAACAUGCACAUUAGCAUGUCGCAAUUGCCGCUGUUGCCUUUGAUGUAUCCGACGUUAAAAAUAAUGUUUAACAAACAUUACCUAGAGAUAGAAGACCGAGCUGCUAGAAGACAACGAAUGGUAGUAGCUGAAUAAAUACGUUAUGUAAAUUGUUAUUGCAAUUUUCUGACUGAUAUCCGAUACAGUUAUCUGUUGCUGAAAAGUCAAAAUUUUUAACAGAUAUUUAAUGAUAUGUUGCAUGGCAAUGAAUUUAACUAACCGUUAAAAGUUUAUUCCUCUAAUUUUUAACGUGUAAGAUAAAUCGCACGACUGAUUUGUAAACAGGUGGUUUUCUACGAUAUUUGUAUAAAUCAAAGAAUCGUACUGUGUAGCGAUCGUGAUACAGAGCGUUGUGUGCUGAUCUAAGGAAGCGAAGACCCGAGUUCAAAGCUGACUAGAAAUUGUCGGUUUUUAUUCGAUCACACUCGGAAGGAAAUGAUGACCUGCCGAGAGUUUUAACUUCCAGGCUUUCGUGCCUAUUGAUAUCGUAAGUAGUAAUUGCUUCCGGAUGGAUGCCAAUUACUGCUGCCGAGAGGAUCUCGGCCCUCCUAUAUAGAUAUAUAAGAGAGUUUAAUGAUGAAAAAUCGAGUAAGAUGCCCAUCACCUAUCCACCUUAAAAAUUCUGAAAUCUCUACGAGGCUCUAUGUCCCUCAUAGGAAUCCUUAUUUCUAAAGGCCUUAUGCUCCUACUAGGAGUGAUAGGAUUUAAUAAUUAAACAAUCACACUAAACUUGAGCGCAACAGACCUGAACCUUUGUAUAUCAUCUUGUAUAUAGCCCUGUAUAUAUGUAUGAUCAGUUUUGCGAGAGAAAUCUCGAUUGUGACGGGAUAAAUUAUUCGGCGCCCAAGUCCUGACCAAUAAAAAAAUUGUCUUAUU